AUGGCUCCUAAACAAGCAUCCGGAUGGCAAAAACGUCAAAAAAGAAAACGAGCAGAAGAAUUGGUGAAGUCUCAAGCCAGUGCUAUACAAAAGUUUUUGGCGCCUAAUCCACCUAUAGUUAUUGUUGAAAAUCAACAAGAAGAUGUUGAAGUAGAAGUAGUACAGGAACCGGAACAGGAACAGGAACAGGAACACGAACACGAACAAGAACAAGAACAAGAACAAGAACGUGUGGAGGUAGAAGACGAGGAAGAAAGUGUGGAAGUAGAAGACGUUGAAAAGCAACAAGAAAAUCUUGAAAACCGACAAGAGCAAGAACGUGUGGAUAUAUUUGAUCCAAGAAGGUGGGAAGGACUUAAUGCGGAUGAGCUUAAGGUAUUGGUCGCGAAAGUGUGUAGAAGUGUGGCUCCUAAAGGUAGAUUGGAAGGUGAAGGUUUCAAUGAUUGGCACCAUACUGCCGGUAGAGUGAAAGCCCAUGAAGUUACGUUAGAUCAUCUCACACAUAUGAAAAUGUGGUUUAAUAUGCGCAAAAGAUUGAGAGAGAACCAACCAAUUGAUAAAGAUCAACACGAGAGAUUAAAGAAAGAAACAAAUUAUUCGAAACAAGUCCUUUUGAGAAUCGUUGCCUUAGUGAAGUUUCUAGCUAAACAUAAUCUAGCAUUUCGAGGAAAAAAGGAAAAGUUGUAUGAAAAAUGUAAUGGUAGUGAAAAUUUCUUGGGUAUCAUUGAGAUGUUGGAAGAGUUUGAUCCGGUCAUCAAAGAGCAUGUGCGGCGAAUCACUAGUGGAAAUCAUCAUGUGCAUUAUCUUGGACACAACAUCCAAAAUGAGAUUAUACUUGUGUUGAAUGUCAAGUCAGAACAGUGGAACCUCUUCUACACAUACCAGAAACAGUCGAAGGGAAAGAAGGUCUUUAAUUGA